ACGCCCUGAGUUGUAUGUAGCGUCACUUCUCUUGAUUAUUACGAGUUGAAAAUGACGAGAUUUGUUCGAGAAGGAAUAUUGCUGGCGCUUUUGGUCUCAUCUGUUAAUGGAGGAGGUCCAUAUUGUCCGAAUGGGGGUACGAGAGGGAACUGCUUGGAAGGACGUACUUGUCCAACAUCUUAUUCGUGCAUUGGGGGAUGCCUGCUGUCCCGAUGCUCCAAUUGUACCUGCAGCAGCUGCAGCAGCACCAGCACCUGCAGCAGCACCAGCAGCUACAUCUGCACCAGCAGCUACUGCAGCACCAGCAGCUACAGCAGCUCCAGCAGCUACAGCAGCACCAGCAGCUACAGCAGCACCAGCAGCUACAGAAGCACCAGCAGCUACAGCAGCACCAGCAGCUACAGCAGCACCAGCAGCUACAGCAGCUCCAGCAGCUACAGCAGCACCACCAGCUACAGAAGCACCAGCAGCUGCAGCUGCACCAGCAGCUACAGCAGCACCAGCAGCUACAGAAGCUCCAGCAGCUACAGCAGCACCAGCAGCUACAGCAGCACCAGUAGCUACAGCAGCUCCAGCAGCUACAGCAGCACCAGCAGCUGCAGCUGCACCAGCAGCUACAGCAGCACCAGCAGCUACAGCAGCACCAGCAGCUACAGCAGCACCAGCAGCUACAGAAGCACCAGCAGCUGCAGCUGCACCAGCAGCUACAGCAGCACCAGCAGCUACAGCAGCACCAGCAGCUACAGCAGCACCAGCAGCUACAGAAGCACCAGUAGUAAGGGUAGCAUCUGCAGCAGAACCUGCAACGGUACCUACGGGGCCAUGUGACGGUGCAGUUGGAGAAUGCAAGGGUAACGGGAAGUGUACUGAGGGCUUUAAAUGCAUAGAGUCGGUCUGCUGUCCCUUAGUGUGUCCGACACCAAGACCUGAUAAAAAGUGUGGUGAUAAGCCGAAGAAAGAUCAAUGCACCACCGAAGCCGACUGUCCACGAGGCCGACCGUGCUGCGACGACGGCUGUGGCCAAAUGUCAUGUUUUCAAGGCGAUAAGAAAGGAGAUAAGAAAGGCGAUAAGCCAGGUGAUAAGCCAGGCGAUAAGCCAGACGAUAAGCCCGGCCGCGAUAGGCUCCGCGGUUAGCCCUAUUUCAAGUUCGUUAUUUGUUACAAUAUACAGCAACGUGGUAAACCCUAGUGUAAUGUCGUUAUAUUUGACUAUGUGAAGCGGAUUUGCAAGACGCUUUAAAUCAGGACAAUACAGUGUUGGCACGUUGGAAUGAUAUGAACUCACACAUAAGCAACUCAACUCUUAAUAAUCGGAUUUUAGGUUACGCUGUAUGACUUUAUUUGCAUUUCAAAGCAUUUGCAGGUAAAUGCAGUUACAGAAUUACAUAAUAAAAUGCCAAUCGUCUAUUUGAACCAUGGAAAUAUAUGUUUGCCCCCCCCCCCCCCAAUCAUGUUACAAUAUUGCAAUUAUAUUAUGUUAUCCAUAAUCCCGACAGUAAUAAAAUAUAUAUUGUAUGCAAUAAAUCUGAUUUUAAUAAUAAUCUUCAAUUAAAAUUCCAUUUUAUGAAACAAAAUUUGAUUCAAUUAUUAAAUUUCAUAUAGUGUUUAAGCAAACACUAAUGCAGUACUAGUCUUAAUGUGAUAUAUUUAAAUGAAUAUCAUUCAGUUCUGACAAUGGUAAAGCAUUUUGUUUUUAAAUUUUUAAUCGACGUUUUGUUUCCGUUUUUAUUUAAAAAAAUUAUGGUCUGAAAAGGUUCAAUGCUGGUGUAGUUAAAAAGUUAAAAUUAAGGAAUUGCUACAAACCGUUAUAUAUGUGUUCACAACUGUUUCGUUAAACUCGCUCUCUUUUGUAGCAUUAUGACCAAUGCGAUAUUAUUAUAUACACGCUUACAAUCAAAAUCAGCUAUUUUGUAUUAAAAAAUAUAGAAUAUUGAA